GGAGAGCUGUUAAAAAAACAAAAAGUACAAACUGAAAGUAAAAAACAAAAAAACCAACCCACAAAAAACAGCCUAGCAGCAACAAGACGGAAGAGCUGUUAUCCGGGCAGAUGCAUUCGCUUCCAAGAAGUCAUUGGUUCAAGAAGCUGCAUGGUAGAAGAUCAGAAAUGCGGCCAAUUUUUCAUCACUGCCCUUGAUGGCAUCGGUUCCCCCAUCACUGGUGGCAAUGGAGAAGGACCAGGAGGUGAAGGGAAACAGCAGUUAAGACCAUCUGUGGAGUAUGUUGCAGCAAUUCUGAAGAGGCAACACCUGCUUCUUAUGCCCAAACGUAAGGCAUGAAUGCAAUGAGGAAGAAGAGAUUUUGGGCAUCCUGUUUCUGCUUAAUGGCCAUCUUUUUUCUGCUUGUCACCCUCCAGGUGGUUGUAGAACUUGGAAAGUCUGAAAGGAAGAUGACGAAAACCUCCAUUUCACAAAACAGCGCACUGAAAGAUGAAGAAUGGCAGAAAUACACCUAUCUGUUUGUAAAGAAACCAGAACUCCCCAGCGAUACAAAGACCAUUUUGAACAGCGACCGAUAUCCUAUCUUGCUGUGGUGGUCUCCGCUGACAGGAGAGACAGGGCGGCUUGGUCGGUGCGGACAAGAUGCUUGUUUCUUUACUAUCAACAGGACCUAUCAGCACAACUCUAUGACUAAAGCAUUUCUGUUUUAUGCUGCCAAGCAUCAACAGAGAAAAGAGGUGGGGCCUGCAACAGAAUGUUGCAGCGUGGCGUGCUGCUUUUCGGGGUCUGCUGUUUGGGAUUCCAGCCACUCCAUUUCAGUCCUCCUUUCUUCUGGGUUUUCUGUUCCCCACCAUGGUACUGACUUCAGCAUAGAUAGUUUACCUCUCCCCCGAAAAGACCACCAUGACUGGGCCCUUUUCCACGAGGAGUCACCCAAAAACAAUUACAAGCUCUUCCAGAGACCUGCCAUCACUCUGUUCAAUCACACGGCAACGUUCAGCCGCCACUCACAUCUGCCACUCACCACCCAGUACCUUGAAAGCAUUGAGGCCUUAAAAUCCCUGAGGUACAUGAUUCCUUUGCAAAACAAGAACAGCUUGAGGAAAAGACUCGCGCCCCUCGUAUAUGUACAGUCUGACUGCGAUCCUCCCUCUGACCGGGACAGUUAUGUACAGGAGCUUAUGGCUCACAUUGAGGUAGACUCCUAUGGUGCCUGCUUGCAUAACAGAGAUCUGCCGGAGCAGCUUGAAAACCCUGCCUCCAUGGAUAACGAUAACUUCUACAAGAUACUUGCUCAGUACAAAUUUGUCCUUGCCUUUGAGAACGCUGUCUGUGAAGAUUAUAUCACUGAAAAGCUCUGGAGACCACUGAAGCUGGGUGUGGUACCAGUUUAUUAUGGCUCUCCUAGCGUCAAAGACUGGCUUCCUAGCAAUAAGAGUGCAAUCCUGGUCACAGGAUUCUCACACCCCAAGGACCUGGCACAGUACAUCAAAGCUUUGGAUGCAGAUGAUGAGAAAUAUGAGGCCUACCUUGAAUGGAAGCUGAAAGGGGACAUCUCCAACCAACACCUGCUUGCUGCUAUAAAGGAACGCACAUGGGGAGUGCAAGAUAUCAUGAAGGACAAUUACAUAGAUGCCUUUGAAUGCAUGGUGUGCACUAGAAUAUGGGGAAAUAUGAGGAGACAAGCAAAGGGAAUGUUACCAAAAAGGUGGAACGCAGAAGCAAGCCACCUGAGCUGCCCCAAACCUCAACCAUUUGUUUUUUCGUCUCGCAAUACGCACAGAACGGCACUGCGGGAGAUGUGGAUACCGAGCUUUGAGCAGUCCAAGAGAGAAGCUCACGCGCUGAGGCAGCUGGUCGAAAGGAACAGAAAUUUCACAGCUCAGGAGUUUUGGACUAUGGUGUUUAGAGAAUGAGCUUAGAGGGAGACAAUAGGCCCUUGACUCAAGCUAGAGGGGGAAACAAACUAAAACAGAGGAGCCUCUAUGAGGAGCUGUUGUUUGUCGGUUGCCUUAAUAAGAUAGAAAGCAGUUUUAACCACUGAGAUGAUGAGAAAUCAUCGUAUUCAGCAAAUACUAAUCCAGAAGUCGAAGGACCCAGUUGGGUCAUCUUAUAAUAUAUUUUUUAUACUAACGUUCAGUAUAAACUGUUAAUAUAAUUAUUAGUGUAAUUAACAUUGGAGCAUUCACAGCAAAAUGCAGCCAUCUGCACUUUACUUUCCCAGUGUGUGUGUGUGUGUGUGUGUGGUUUAUUUUGCCUCUGCAGUUCCUCCCACCCUUGAGUUGGAUACGUGUCAAGUCUUCCAUACAGCUGGUUUGGCUUCCUGGCAUCUCUCAAGCGAAGGGCCUUGUCUAAAGGGGUGGCCUUGCUGCUUAUGUCAUUUCUGCACCUGACAGGAAGCCAAGCCGUGCAGGAGAAAGGAGGACCUUGCAGAUGAAUCGCAGAGCAGCGUAGGAGGAGGAGCAACCUCAGGGGCAAUGUGCCAAAUGCUCCGGGAGGGGGGGGGGGAUGGUUUACGGAAAGCAGGCCUUAGAAAUAAAGUCUCACCUAAGUGUGGGCCGUGUUAUUGGAGGCUGGAUUUUGUGCCACUCUGGCAAAUUCUGUAAAGAGCCACUUUGUGGUUUGAAUGAAGGAACUUGCUUCUUUUCAUUUCUGGCUGGGCCAGGGUGAUGGAGAUGUCAUCUAUUGAACAGCAUUAUAAACAGCAAUGGCAAGGCA